AUGAUGAACAUCUCCAUCUUGAUAUCUCUACUUGUGGCAACCGUCGCUGGUCGACUACAGAGUCAGUACAGCUUCAAUGGCAUUACGUACAAUACACCUGAGUUCAACGACACUACCGAAGUCGACCUCAUCUAUCCACGCAACGACACCUACCAUCCUCAGAACCUGUUUCCCAUCAUAAUAUCCCAAGAGGUUAAGGCGACAUUUGACUCCUACUUUACAUUCUCCAACGCGUCGAGCAACGCUCUAUCCAUGUCAUACUUUGAUGACUACCAGAAGUCCGACCAUGGCGCCGCGUGCGAGAAGGAGAAGAGCAGCAAGGGCGUUGCUUUUUACUUAGUUGAUUACUUGCCCGUGCCCAUCCACAGAAUCAAUUCAGGCCUGCCGUACUGCGCCGUGUUGGCGGAAGAGGAGCCUACCCCUGAUCCCUGCAAUCUUCUGCUCUCUCAAUACGAUCACGUAGACUUCUACAAGCCCAUUGCCGAAGCAGAGUGCAAACAAUCGCGUCCUGUCAUUGACUGUGGCCGCAAAAUGUCGGCAGCUGUCUUAGCGGCACCAGCGUGGGCAGCGGCAGCUUGCAUAGCUGUUUUAGUGAUUGUACUAUAG